GCAUGUGGUCACGUGGUGUGUGGGGGGGCGGAAAAGGAGUUGUUCCGGUGCUGCCCCGUCAACUUUCUGUCAUUAAGAAGAACAACUGCAGCAGAAAAACGAGACAGGAAGACAACACGGUGAUUAUCCGGUUGACACAAACGAGCUUCGCUUCUCUUAGCUUAGCUUAGCUUGCAGCAGGUGGUCAAUGUAAGUGGUGACGAGUGACUGCGUGUCAGCGAGGUAUUCAACAGUAUUUCCUCUUUUUUUAUUUUAUUUUUUUAUUUGUCAAACUCCUCAUCACCAUCAUCAACCUCAACUGGUGUUCUGAUUGGCUGACCACAGUGCAUCUCCGCGCCGCCACCCGCCGGCCGGGAGACGCACUGUGGACGCGGCUAGCAUGGAGGAUUCUGGGUAAUUUCUGGCUUCAGGGUCUCUCGCUUUUGCUCUCUUUCUCGUCUGCGGUGACUUUGUGCUUUGUGGUGCUGGUGUCGGCCAUGUUGGUGUCACCAUAGACAUCGAAUGAUAAAUGCAGUGGGUGGAAAAAGUCUACACACCCCUGUGCAAAUCCCCAAUUUUUGGGAUAGAAAAUUUCUAUGUCUAUGACUGUAAUCACAUUUGUAUUCCCUGAUUUCUUGCUAAUGCUCCCUGUGUGCGUGUGUGUCCAUGUAUUCAUGUAUGUGGACGUGUCUGUGUGUUUGUAUUGUUUGUCUGUGUGCGUGCGUGUCCGCCUGUCAAUUUGUGUGUGUUUGUGUGUUUCCAUGCAUUUGUGGGCCCACAUGUGAAUGUGUGCCCACGUGUGUUUGUGUUUAUCCAUGUUUGUGUGUUUUCAUGCAUUGUGUGCCCUUGUGCGUUUGUUCAUUUGCAUGCGUGUGUCAAUUCAUGUGUCCUUGUGUUUUCAUACAUUUGUGUGUCCAUUUGUGAAUGAAUGUGUGUGUGUGUGUGUGUGUGAUAUAUGCACACACGUGUGCACGUCAAUUUGUGUGCGUAACCAUGUUUGUUUUUCAUACAUUUGUGUGCGUCCAUUUGUGAAUGCGUGUCCAUGUGUGUGUUUGUUCAUUUUGUGCGCGCGUGUCCAUUUUGGUAUGCGUGUGUGUGUGUGUGUGUGCGCGCGCGUGUGUCAGGGCCCCCCAUCAUCCUGAUGUUCCACGGUGAAGAUCAUCUUGGCCGCAGUGAGCAUGUCCGCCGCCAGGCGCCUCACUACGACCAGGUCCCGCCGGCCACGUUGCCUCGGGGCGACGACCCUUCCGAGCCGCACCCGCUGAGCGCCCGGUCCGCGCCGUACUUCGCCCUCAGCGCCGACCCGCUCCCGGCGCCGCCUUUGCCGGACCAGCCUCCCGUCGGACUCGAGUACCCCAGCGACGGCGAGGGGGCCGCCACCGAGCAGGAUCCGGACCCGGCCCUGGACAUCAAACCGGUGCACCGCUUCAUCCCCGACUCGUGGAAGAACUUCUUCCGGGCCAGCGAUCGCAGCAGCCAAAAGGGGUCGUGGCCCGACCCCUCGGCGCCGCCAUGUAACAACAACAACAGCACCAGCGAGGGCGUCCGCUGCUCGCCGCCCCACACGCCGUCCGUCCCCGAGUCCUACGAGGAACCCUACGGAGGGUCGGCCGGCAGCUACAACUCCGCCAAGGAGCUCCUGGACCUGGGCGAGUCGGCGUCGGGUCGCACGUACCGCACGGCGCUGACGUACAGCGAGCGCGUGGAGGAGUACCACCAGCGCUACGCCUUCAUGAAGUCGUGGGCGGGGCUGCUGAGGAUUCUGGGAUGCGUGGAGCUCCUGCUGGGCGCCGCCGUCUUCGCCUGCGUCUGCGCAUACAUCGACAAAGACAACAGGUGGUUCAACAGUUUCGGGUACUCGUCUCCGGGCGGCGCCUACGGGGGCGGCUUCUACGGCGCCGGCGCCGGCGGCGUCACCUACACGGGCCCCAAGACGCCGUUUGUGCUGGUGGUGGCGGGCCUGGCCUGGCUGGUGACCAUCAUCGUGUUGGUGCUGGGCAUGACCAUGUACUACCGCGUCAUCCUGCUGGACUCCACGUGGUGGCCGCUGACCGAGUUCGUCAUCAACGUGGCGCUCGCCGUGCUCUACAUGGCCGCAGGCAUCGUGUACGUGCGCGACACCACCCGCGGGGGCCUGUGCUCCUACCCGGUGUUCAACAACGACUUGAACGGGGCCUUCUGCAGGACGGAGGCGGGCCAGACGGCCGCCAUCAUCUUCCUCUUCCUCACCAUGGUCAUCUACCUGAUCGGGGCCGGCGUCAGCCUCAAGCUGUGGAGGCACGAAGCGGCGCGCAGAUGCCGCCAAAACGACGCGCAAGAGAUGCGACAGUCGGAGUUUGGAGCGGCGCAGUCGCUGCUGGUUCCCGCCGGCGCUCCCGCGGGCACCGAAACCCCUCGCCAGGAGUCGUCGCCGGUGUCCGUCCAGGGCGAGCCCGUCGCCGUGGCCCCCAGAAUCCUGCAGGGGGCGAUACCCUCCGGACACAUUCCCAAGCCGGUCAUCGUGCCGGACUACAUCGCGAAGUACCCGACCGUCCGCUCGGAGGAGGAGCGCGACCAGUACCGCGCCGUGUUCAACGACCAGUACGCCGAGUACAAGGAGCUGCACGCCGACGUGCAGGCCGCCUGCAAGAAGUUCGACGAGAUGGACGCCAUGAUGCGCAACCUCCCGCGGCGGCCCGGCAGCCAGACGGAAGCGGAUCGCAUCGACAGAAUCCUGCAGGAGUUCCAGAGGAAGAAAGACGACCCGACGUUCCUGGAGAAGAAGGAGCGCUGCGACUACCUGAAGAACAAGCUGUCGCACAUCAAGCAGAAGAUUCAGGAGUACCACAAAGUCAUGGAGUGGAACGACGGCUACGACUAAAAGUCCCGAGCGGAGAGUGCUUGAACGUCACGUGGAGCUGAAGACCAAACGUCUUGCGUGUCUUGUCUUUAGGCUGCCCGUGCUCACUCUCUGCAUUUUGGUCCACCAUUUCACACACUACUUGGCCUCCGAGGGUCCAGCAUGCAGUUUCGUCCAUUUGUCCUGCUUUUCGUCUUCGCUUAGAUGAAGGAUGCCUUCAAAACAUGCCGAAUGAGGCCUGAAAUCAUUCCAAACAUGCUAAACGAUGAUCAUUCAAAGCUCAAAAACAUUGUAAAUAAUGGGUAGACUCAUUAAACACAUGCUGAAUGAUGGGAUAAAACCAUCCAUCCAUUUUCUAGCGCUUAUCCGAGGUCGGUCGCGGGGGCGGUAGCUUUAGCGGGGACGCCCGGACUUCCCUCUCUCCAGCCACUUCGUCCAGCUCUUCCGGGGGGAUCCCGAGGCGUUCCCGGGCCAGCCCGAGGACGUAAUCUCUCCGGCGUGUCCCGGGUCGUCCCCGGGGUCUCCCGCCGGCCGGGGCGUGCCCGGGAACGCCUCGCCGGCAGGCAUCCGGAUCGGACGGCCCGGCCACCUCAUCUGGCUCCUCUCGAUGUGAAGGAGCAGCGGCUCUCCUCCGAGAUCCUCCCGGACGACCGAGCUUCUCGCCCGUUCUCCGAGGGAGAGCCCGGACGCCCCGCGGAGGAAACUCAUUUCGGCCGCUCGUAUGCGGGAUCUCGUUCUUUGGGUCGCGACCCGCGGCUCGUGACCGUAGGUGAGGGGAGGAACGGAGAUGGACCGGUAAACUCUGACUCCGGUCGUGCAGGGACCGAACAGCCCGUAUCGGGAGGUUCGGUGCCCCGUGCUCCCGAAGCGCCCCCCGCGGGACUCCCCGAGGGACACGGUCGAACGCCUUCGCCAAGUCCGCAAAACACACGUAGACCGGUCGGGCAAACUCCCGGGCACCCUCGAGGACCCCGCCGAGGGCGUGGAGGCGGUCCGCUGUUCCACGGCCAGGACGAAAACCGCAGCGCUCCUCCUGGAUCUGAGAUUCGAUUUCCUCUCCGGCACCCCUGAACAGACCUUACCGGGGAGGCUGAGGAGUGCGAUCCCCCUGUCGCUGCAACACACCCUCCGGACCGCCACCCCAGUCUGCCGAUCCAGAGGGACUGUCCCCGAUGUCCACGCGAUCUUGCAGAGGCGUGUCAACCGGGAGAGCCCCACAACAGCCAGAGCCUGGGAUAAAACCACUUACCACAAAAGAUACAUCUACAUUGUGUGUAUUUAUAUAUAUAUAUAUAUAUAUAUAUAUAUAUAUAUACAUACAUACAUAUAUAUAUAUAUAUAUACGAAGCUAACGUUUGUUGCUUUUAUACUGUAUGAUCUUUUGAGUCUUAACACUGAAUAAACCCCAUUAGACGAAA